GCGGACGUUCUGGUGGUACCACCUGAUGUGCUGGCUGCUGGCUGCUGUGGGAGUGGUGUGUAUUCUGGUGGCCCACGAACACUACAGUGUGGAUGUGGUGGUAGCCUACUUCAUCACCUCAGCCUCUUCUGGUGGUACCACACCAUGGCCAACGUCCAGGCCCUGCGGUGCUCGCCCAACAACUACCUCACCAACACCUGGUGGAACCCCGUGUUCAACUUCUUUGAGAGGAACGUGCAGACCCAGGUGCCCUGCUCCUUCUGCUGGCCAAUCACCUGGCCCCCUGCCUGCCUUAAGAAUUCCUGUAAGAAGUACAGUGCAGUGCAGAGCCUGCGGGAGGAGUAGAGAGUAGGGGCUCCACCCCACUUCAGGAUCUUGUUCACCAGGCAUUCACCACCAGUGUUGCUUUGAACACCCCAACCUAUUUUGUAUUCAUGCAGUAUUUAUGGUCUAUUAUGUGAUUUUAAAGUAUUAUGUGAAGGAUAGUUGAAGUUUGYGAGGAAAUGGUCAUAUAGGGAAAGUAUUUGAGAAGAAUAACAUAAUCCACAUGCAUUGGGUCCUUGUGUACUUCACCACUACAAUGUAUCUUAUUUAUGAGGUCAGUUUAUUUGAAAAUGUUCUUUAUUCUUGUGAAUGUUACUGUAACAAACUCAACUGAAGUCAACAUGUUACGAUGUCAUGCAGCGCUUUGCCACUGUCUUGCAGCUUUACUCAAAACUCCAAUAGAAAAAUUGCAUUUUAUAGAGCUAUACCUUAUUAUGUUUACAUCAAUUUGAUUUAAUGAAUAUUAAGUACUUUAAAAAUAUAUAAUUUCCAAAAUGUGCCUUUAAAUACAAAUGCAUGCAAUUUUAAAUUGCAAACUUGAAGAUGUUUGUUUUCAAUGUUUUAUAUUAAUUUGCAUUCAAUGUGCAUUUAGUCUUUAGUCUCAUAUGAUUGUGUGUCCUAAUGUACCAUAAUUUAUACCUUCAUAAUAAAAAAAGAACACGUUGACUUCA